AUGGCCGAGUCCUCCACCCCAAGGUUCUACAAUUACCCGACAGCAAAGGCGACAGAGGUGCCCUACAAGGAGCCUCCGCCAGCGUCUAAUCCAGUUGUUCGAGGCCUAGCACUGCAUUACGGUGCAUCAGUUAUCUCAUCGGUAGGCGCUAUACAGAGCUUCCUCUACAAUAAUGCCGGCUUCAGCAAACUACGCAAGCUCACCGAGCUCGAAGAUGUCGCCUGUCGCUACGAUCCCGCCGUCGUUCCUAUCGCCGAACCUUCGUCGACUCAACAAUACACGCAGACCGGCUCCCUUCGAGCACCCGCCCAGGACGUAUCUGGACGCUUCCACUCGGUCCAGGACUUUCACGAUGCGUAUAACUCGGGGCGACUGACGCCGGGUGAUGUAGUCGAGGCAUUGCUGCCUCUGAUACGGAGGGAUGUGGAGAAGCCGUCGGAGCACUCCAUAGCUUUCCUGGACACAAAAGUGGAGCUUGUCAGACAAGCAGCGGAGGCCUCGACGCGGCGGUACAAGGAGGGUGCAUCGCUGGGUUGCCUGGACGGCGUUCCCGUUGCCGUCAAAGAUGAGGUGGAUCUGAACGGCUACAAGAAGUGCUUGGGGUCCAGGAAAGACUUCACGAACAAGCUGGAUGAGACGAGCUGGUGCGUGACGAAGUGGGAAGAGCAGGGAGCGAUCGUGCUGGGUAAGCUGAACAUGCACGAGCUGGGUUUGGACACGACGAACAACAAUCCCAACUACGGCACCCCUCGGAAUCCAUUCAACGAGCACUACUACACUGGAGGCUCGUCCGGUGGCAGCGGGUAUGCUGUCGGUGCCGGCCUGAUACCCUUUGCCCUCGGUGCAGAUGGAGGAGGCAGCAUCCGCAUACCGUCGAACUACUGCGGUAUAUUCGGUCUCAAGACCUCUCACGGCCGCAUAUCAGGAAGGCCAACACCAAGCCUGGCAGGCACAACAGGCGUACUAGGUCCAAUGGCUGCCAACAUGGUCGACCUAGAGAUGGCAUACCGCGUAAUGGCAACCCCGGACCCUGAUGAUCCAACGUCAGCCCUAUUCGCACCCCCACGUCCUCACAACGGUGACCGCACGAAGCUGCUCGGCGUCUACAAACCAUGGUUCGACCGCGCCGACCCACCUGUCCGUGACGCCUGCGAGAAAGCACUCGACUACCUCAUCACCAAGCUCGGCUACUCGAUCAUCGACAUCACGAUCCCCCUGGUCCACGAAGGCCAGAUCGCCCACGCCCUGACAAUCCUCUCCGAGAUCGCCUCCUCGUUCCCUGACGUCACGGGCCUGACGGCACCGAACAAGGUACUUAUCAGCGUCGGCUCAAAGUGCCCGAGCAUCGACUUCCUGCAGGCGCAGAAGCUGCGGAAUUUGCUUAUGGAGCAUCUUGCGUAUUUGUUUAAGAUGCAUCCGGGGCUGGUGAUUGUGACGCCGACGACUCCGGGUGCGGGAUGGCAUAUCCAGGGCGGGCAGGGGGAUUUGAAGUAUGGUGUCAGCGAUGCGAACAUGUCGGUUAGGUCGAUGGAGUAUGUGUGGAUGGCGAACUUUUGCGGCGUCCCGGCUCUCACGUGUCCGGUUGGAUAUGUUGAUCCGGUGGAGGGCGAGGGCAAGAUACCUGUCGGUCUCAUGGGCAUGGGCGAAUGGGGGAGUGAAGAUGCUUUGAUUGAGUGGGGAUAUGAUGGAGAAGCUUGGUUGAACGAGGGACUCCCUGGUGGGAGGAAGAGGCCUGCGAGUUGGGUUGAUGUCCUGGAUGUUGCAAGAGGUAGGGAGUGA